GCUGAGAAAGGGGAAAAAGAGGGAGAGUGAAAAAAUAAACAUAAAGAAAGAAGGCCUCCAGAAGCAUUGUAUCUGGAAAGUCCAGAAUGAGUUGUUAAUUUCCCAACAAGCACUGGAGCGGAUUUGGAAGGAACUAUGCAAUGUAGCGGGUUCUUUGUGAAAGAACAGCAAUGAGCAAAGCCGCAGGAACCUCUGCUGGGGUGCCCAGAGCACUGGCCCUGGGCUAGCAGCGUGCCUCAGCCCCAUUUCCUGCCAUGGAGAGGAACCCAGCGGAGUCCUGGCACUGAGUCUGAGGACUUCAGGCAGGACCAGAGACUCUCUUGUGAGGUAGCAGCCCCCAGAGAAGAUUAGCUGUCCUCUAAUGAAGCCUGGAAUGGUCCCCCCUCCGCCGGGAGAAGAGAGCCAGACUGUCAUCCUUCCUCCUGGCUGGCAAAGCUACCUGUCGCCUCAGGGCCGGCGGUACUAUGUCAACACGACCACCAAUGAGACCACCUGGGAACGUCCCAGCGGUACUCCUGGGAUUCCGGCCAGCCCUGGCUCUCACAGGAGCUCUCUGCCUCCAACAGUGAAUGGAUACCACGCGUCAGGGACCCCAGCGCACCCUGCAGAGACUGCCCACAUGAGUGUCCGAAAAUCCACCGGUGAUUCCCAGAACCUGGGAUCCUCAUCACCAAGCAAAAGGCAGACCAAGGAGAACACCAUCACAAUAAACUGUGUGACCUUCCCUCACCCGGACACAAUGCCAGAACAGCAACUGCUGAAACCAACGGAAUGGAGCUACUGCGACUACUUCUGGGCUGAUAAGAAGGACCCCCAAGGCAACGGCACUGUGGCUGGCUUUGAACUACUGCUCCAGAAACAGCUGAAGGGCAAACAGAUGCAGAAGGAGAUGUCAGAAUUCAUCCGGGAAAGGAUAAAGAUUGAAGAAGACUAUGCGAAGAACUUGGCGAAGCUCUCUCAGAACUCCUUGGCUUCACAGGAGGAAGGCUCCUUGGGAGAAGCAUGGGCCCAGGUGAAGAAGAGCCUUGCAGACGAAGCAGAAGUUCAUCUCAAGUUCUCUGCCAAGCUUCACAGCGAGGUGGAGAAGCCACUGAUGAACUUCCGUGAGAACUUCAAGAAAGACAUGAAGAAGUGCGACCACCACAUUGCCGACCUUCGCAAGCAGCUCGCCAGCCGCUAUGCCUCAGUGGAGAAGGCCCGGAAAGCCCUCACAGAGCGGCAGAGAGACCUGGAGAUGAAGACGCAGCAACUGGAGAUCAAGCUGAGCAACAAGACAGAGGAGGACAUCAAGAAGGCGCGGAGGAAGUCCACACAGGCUGGAGACGACCUCAUGCGCUGUGUGGACCUCUACAACCAGGCCCAGUCCAAGUGGUUUGAAGAGAUGGUGACCACCACACUGGAACUAGAGCGGCUGGAGGUGGAGAGGGUGGAGAUGAUCAGGCAGCAUCUGUGCCAGUACACGCAGCUGCGGCAUGAGACAGACAUGUUCAACCAAAGCACAGUCGAGCCCGUGGAUCAGCUGCUUCGAAAAGUGGACCCUGCCAAAGACAGGGAGCUCUGGGUCAGAGAGCACAAGACGGGCAACAUCCGCCCUGUGGACAUGGAGAUCUAGACGGGCCUGUGCAGCUUUGGGGGGUCCUGCCGGGGAGAGGGGCUGGGCUCCCACCAUGGGGCCUGUGCUGAGUGGACGCCCCCCUCCCUCUCUCCUGGGCCACUGAGGAGAGGGGAGAGAGCUGGUGAUUCCAAAAGGGUGACCCGGACAGCCCAGCUGGGGGCUCUCCCAUAUUCCCAGGCCCAGAAGACAGACCCACAGCCCUGCCCUUGUCUCUGAGGCUGAAGGCCCCCGACUCCUGUGCUGUGCUUGCCACUCUGAAACAAACAGGCUGGAACUUUAUGGUCCCUGCUGAGCUCUGUAGGGGUCACCAUCAAAUGCUUGUGCCCUGGAAGCCCCAAGGCUCUUCCUCCAGCUGGCACCCUUGUCUCCAGGGUUUUGGAGAAUCAGGGGAGGGACAUCUCUGUCUCUAAGCCAGGUGUCAGGAUCAGAAUCGUGGAUAGCAGGUGCCAUUCAGCUCCCAGCCGCACCCAGAAUCCUUUGCAGCCCUCCUCCUUUAUUUUUUUUUCCCAUUGCAUUCUGGGAGCCCAUGUCCGGCUUUCUCGGCCACACAUUCAUCAUCAGGGGUUUUAGGAGGAAGGCUUGGCUCCUGUUUUCCCAGACCCACCCUGCCUGGAGAGGUCAGGAUGGAACUACCUCAUUCGGCAAAUUAGCCCCAAAUCGAGCGCUGAAUCAUGUCUCCUAUGAGAUCAGGCGCCAUCUGUAAAGUCUCCUCUGGAAACGCCAAUCCACCCUUCCCUCAGCUGCUUCCUCGGGGAAGCCCCUGUCCCCACCCUGUCACCCCUUCCCAGUCUCAUUAGAGGAAGCUUUCCAAAGUUCUCAAGUUAUCAAGACCUCAUCCAGCUCGUCCAAAGGCUUCAGGGAUAGACAUGAACCAGCUCGUCUCGGAGGCCAGCAAGCUGGGGCCUGUCCACCAUGGUGCCCUCUGCACCUUUGGGCUGCCCUGGCCCCCACCCUCCCAGGCUGCCCACCAUGGGCUUGUAAUGGGGCUGGGUCAGUCCUACAUGGGAGACGGGUCAGGCACGUCUCUGCCAUCCCCCAGAUGGCUGUGUCUUCUUGUGCAUGGCAGGGCUGGGACUGCUGUCCCUUGUAUGGUUUUCUCUCACUGGUGGGCACUGGACAGGCAUCACAGAUGCUCUUGUGGCCAUACUAGGUUGCCGCCCUCCAGGCAGUGUCCUGCCUCCUUGGCUUCUAGCUCCUUCUGCACAUUCCAGAGCCCUGCACCAAGCCCUCCUUUCCCACCCUCCAUCUUCCAUUCCCUGGAAGAGUCUGGUCCGAGUGUGACUUAGGAAGCUUUCAGUGCUGCCGUUGGGUCCAGCUCAUUGUGUCUCCCGUUCUCUGCCACAGCAAACACAUUCUCUACCACGUCAGUCUAGAGAGUCAGCCCGAGGGGCUGGGAGAAGCAUGAGCGAGGGCCGGAUUCUAGUCGGGAACCCAUUCCCUGGAAAUCCAUCUUUCUUCAUCCUUCCCAUUGACCACUUUGGGUUUGACCUGCACAUCUGUAAUGAGGGCAGAAUUCAACAAGCACAACACUGGUCUUUCAGACUCAUGUGCUAGAAACUGAUGACUCAUUAAUCUCGAAUCUUUUGGCCCCUCUGUCAUCGAAUGAGAAUUGCCUUGUAGUUCACAUUAGAAAAAAUGCCCAGCAUACUAAAGUAAACCAAACGUUGUCACUUUUCUUUUGUUCUUGAAACACUGCAACCAAAAAGUCCAGCUCAAAGGCCUUCACCAACAUGAAGACCGCCUGGUAGGAUCUGUCCAUGGCAUGGGGAAUCACUCUGUCCAGAUCUGGGGUUGGGUCAUGACACCAGCUGCCAAUUUUAGAAUAUUAUUUCUUGGUUUCUUUAUGAAAAAUGGGUGCUAGUGGUAAUUGCUUUGUGGCUUAGUAAACUACUUUGUGGAUGAUUUCCAAACAUUCAAAACCAAUAGCCUUGUUAUGAACACAGAUAUUUUGAGUAUGAUACGGCUCAUUGACUUUUCCAUUUCCAUCUGAGGAUUCCAGAGUCCUUGGUUCAUCCCUGGGAUGGAGUGAGCUCUCUUGUGUCUUCCAGGGUAGCUCAAGUUGGCCCAGUUUGGGCCAGUCCAUUUUCGGAGGUCACUCUUUCCCCCUCAUCCCCUCAUCACCUUCUCUUUAACCCCUUCAUGUCCGUCCUUCCUUUCUUCCCUCUGUUAUUCAUUCAUCAAGCAAGUUAAAGGGAUUGUGCUAAGAUCUAAUCUGAGGACACCAUACGGCCCUGUCAUCAGGGAAGCCCAUGAUCUCUCGUUUUCAGGGUCCUUACAGGUCAGUAGCCUUGGCAUUCACAUAUAGGUACUCUGCAGAAUUUAGGUUUUCAGAGGUAAGUCUAUUGUGCUGAUUAAUAUCCAUUCAUUUAUUCAGCGAAUGCGCAAGACAAGCCAGGCAUGCUGAGAAGUGAUGCUGUAGUUGCGUGUAAGAGGGGUGCUCUUCCCCUCUCCUGUGUUCUCCACGUAACGGGGGAGAGUAUAAUAAGAACAUUGUACCCUCCCCACACUUAACCCUCUGGGAUUCUUUAUUAUAAUAUAAACUGCUCUGGGACAGUUACCUGUUGGAUGGAAGGUAGACAGAAACAAGAUCUUAAUCACCUGGUCCCCAGACCCUCACAGCUCAUAUCCAGCUUGAAUUUCAGAAAUGCCUUUGUUUGCUGUGAAUAACUCUUUACAAAUGAGCAAGGGAAGCCCAAGGAUAGCCAGCGAGGUUGUGAAGUGGCCAGUGAAUUGAGAGCAGGGCUGGAGUCGACAGUCCAGGCCCCCUACCCCUAUGAACAGGGGCCCCUUUCUGGUUGGAAUCAAAAGUAGGCAGGUCUGGGCUGUUCUUAAGAACAUCCAUAUUUCAUUUCUGAGAACAAGUCACCCCCUUCUAUCUGCCUCCACCCAGGAGACUGGUGCACAAGAUGUGUUUGUGAAAGCCUAAUUUAAAAUGAAGAGGAAAAAAAAAUCCUGACGCCAAUUGUUUUCAAAGUGAGUUGGUUGCUAUGACAACCUCCAGGAAGGGCCACUUGUUACCCUCUCUUCUUUCUAGUGCUUUCCAUCAGUAGCAACGCAUAGGCCACUUGAGCCAUGGGGACCCUUGAGGUUCUGCUAGUAGGACCACCCUGGGCCUCCUUUCACCUCCACUCAGCACCCUGUUGGCCAAGGAAAAUUUCUGCAGUGGGGCCUUUGGUCAGGGUUGGUAAUCAGCCGGGCACACUGAAAGUGUACCAACGAAUUCACCCACCAGGAGUUUGUUUCUCUACCCUUUGUGAAAACCCAUCAAUUACUAGAUUAGUGGAUGGAUGCAUAAAAAUCUGGGCUGAGCCAAAGUCCCUUUUGGAAAUACAAGCCAUAAAAUUGGAAGGGCAUCAGAGACCUUGGCUUGUUUAGGUGAUUUUUACUUCCAGCUGCAGGUAGUCUUGGCAAGGAGCAUUUAAACAGACGGCUACAGAUGCGCUCAUUGUGUGGGGUGCAGAUCAGAUGCCCGCCCACAUCUCCUGGGCAUAGUCUCGUCCCAUAAUCCUUCCCACCCCUAAGAGGCUCAUCGCCAUCAUCUUUUCCCAGGUUUAUUGAGGUAUGAUUGACAUCCGGUACAAUCCACCCUUUGGAAAUAGACGGUUCUGUGAAUUUUGACCAAUUUCGCGUCUUGUGACCACCAACAGCAACCUAUUUUUAUCACUCCAAAAACUUCCCUCUUCCUACCCUCUUUCCCUGGCAACCCUCAUUGGUGAUCUGAUCCUAUAAUUUUGCCUCUUCUAGAAUGUCAUAUAGGUGGAGUCACACCGAUGUAGCCUUUUGAGUCUGCCAUCCUUCCCUCAGCUUAACGCUUUUGAGUCUCUCAUGAUGUGUGCGUGCAGUUCGUUCCUUCUCGUUGCCGGGAAGUCUUUCAUUGCAUGAGUGCACUACUCUGCUUCUUUAGCUUUACACUGAGCCAUUUUCCCUGGAAGUUCUUGGCCCAGGGUCUUCAACUUGUUUGCACGACCACUUCCAGCUUGCUGCUUCCUUCGGCUCCCCCAGGCUCCUCCUCUGCAUGCCAGCUGUGCCCACAAGCGGUUCUUAGGGCUCACACUUGCCUUUUUGGCUCGUGGUGGAUUUUUGAUAGAGCAGAAAGCAGCCAGGGAUGGUAGGGGAAGGGAUGGAUGGGCACUCAGUUGCUGCUCAUGUCUGCUGCAACCUGAAGUUAGCAUCUCAGCCAAUAGAUCCUCUCCCUUCUGGGACCCACGCUUCAGUGUCACACAGUCCUUGGCAUGUAUUGAGCGUUGCAGGCUUCAAAAGAUGAACAGAAGCAGCAUGGAUGAGAAGCCUGGGGCUGGCCCUGGGGCUCAUCACGACGCUUUCCUAGAGCUGUUGCUUCCUCUGCAAGCUGAGGGUGUUUGUUCUAGAUGAGUGUCUCAGGCCACCAGCGACUGCAUGCACCUCCUCCCCUUUUCAUUUCCAGUGAUGUGCCCUGUGCACAUAUGUGUUCAUGCUGUGUCUAGCUCUCAUCUGCACAGUCGUGCGUAGAAUUGCCUCAAGUCCUGGUGAGAGAGCGAGAGAUGCCUUGGCACUUUUCCAUUUAGACUCAAAUGGAGCUAAAAUUAAGAGUUGUGAGCUGUUAAGAAUGAGGUAGUUUCUCCUAGGACCCCCCAAAGAAAGUGCAAGUAAUGACCGUUUGGGUCUCAUUCACCGGUCUUGGAUGGUACGUUCUGAAGUCUGCUCCCCAGAAGGCAGGACAGGCGUGAAGCUGGAGUCCUUGUCGCAGCUGGAGCGUUUCUCAGCUGGUGGUCACACAGCCUGGCCUGUGUCUGCACUCCACUGGAUGGUGGUUCAUGGUGGCAGGGACAGGACCACACCCAGCUAAGGCCAGGCCAGACUGAAUGUUACCCCCGAGGUAAACACUCCUCUAAGCUGUCUCUUGUUCAUGCCCCCUGCUCAGUGAAAGGUGUGCCCCGAGGCCAUCUGGGUACCUCUCUAUGCAAACCAGACAUUUCUGGAUCAAGGCCAGGUGAAGACGGGGGCCGGGAAGCCAGAGCUACCAGGGCCUCAAGGAAAGGAGCCAAGGAUGCUGCUGGGACUCUGCUGGGUUCAAUUUUGCCGGGGAGGAUUCUUGUCUACCCCUCAGGAGUAUUUCUGUUGAGGCUUUCCUGGAGGUGAAGAACCAAUUCCUAUAAAAAGUUUUCAGGAAGUUAAAUCCUAUCUUGUUUUUAUUUUUUAUUUUUUCAGCAGGUUAGAGUGAGAAUCAGAGGACAAAAAUCAAUCUGCUUCUCCCAACUUUCUAAAUGCUGGGGUAUGGCUGUCAGGAGGCUCUGUUGGGAGGUGUCUCGGGGUGGGCUAGGGUUGGGGCGAAGGCCUUUGGAGAUUGCGUGUGGUGUUCGGGACUGUUUCUUGGGGUUUGAGGGAAACUUCUAGUGGGAUUGCAGUGGAAUGUAAAGAGGUCAGGGCACAUGGGUGCUCUGUUAGGGUGGGGUGACUCGGAGACCUAGAGGGAGAGCCUGCUGUGCAAGGGAAGAGCAAGGACUGGCCCUGUUCUGCUGCCUCCUUUGUCCCAUAACCUGAAGUUAAGUCACAUCCCCUGUUGGGACCUCUGUGCACUCAUCUGUCAAGUGGGGACACUUCCCUUCCAGCAUCACCUGCAGCAGACGGGCUCUCGGGAGUCGUGGGUUCCAGGCAGCCGUGUGGACCCAGGGACAGACAUUCAAAGGGACAUCAGCCAUCCUUGGUGACAGGGGCCCCGACGUAGCAUCCCUUCCCUUCCCUUAGGAAGGAGAUGACUGGAGGCAUCCCCUUCACAGACACAAGCACAUCGGCAAACCCUAUGAGAGUGGAAUUUUCUAACAAAAUAAACUUGCUCGUUUGAUCUGUUUUCUGUAACUUUUGCUAAAUACUUUAUACAUUUUUCAUGUUAAAGAGCCGUGUCUCCCGCCAGCACACCCCACCCUGGUAUGAAUGUGUUCCCUCCACAUUGUAUAUCCUUCCACCCUCUGGCUGCCUAGAUUAGUAAAUAAAAUUGAUGUAAUAUAAUUUAUAAGUAACACUGUUGAAACCCUGAUCCCAGUGGAGGCUGUAGCCCACCCUCCCCUGCGCCGCCCUGUUAUCGCAUUUGUGUGUAUUAAUGCUGAAGAAUUAAAUGUUUAAAGAGUUUAAAUUUUGAAGGCGUUUGCUAUAUAUAAUUGUCCUGCAUUAUUAUAAAGAGUUUUCAGGAAGUUAAA